CCAUCACGGAUCAGUCUUUAGCAUAGACUCUGAGAGCAAAAAAAAGAGAGAAGAGAUCACUUCUGGGGCGGCGGCCUGCUUUUCCGGUCACCGGCCGCAUUGCUGCGGCAUCUGUCUUCCCAAAAAUCAGACAUCUUGGCCGGUUCCAUCUCCUCCGGAAGCAUCCCAACCAACUCCCACCAUGCGUUCCCUCUUUUCCCCUUCCUUUCUCCACUAUUUACCGUUCUUCCACUACCCCCUCCCCCGCCCUCCUCUCGUCGGAGCCAACCACACCUCCGCCCGAUUCUGCUCCCGCUGAAUCAGUCCCCGCCUUCCUCUCCGAUCUGUAAUUCUCCAUUUUUCUUUUUGUUCGUAUUUGUUGAUUCUUUUUGUUAUUUGUUAUUGUUUUCCAAUAAUUUGAAGGAAAGGAAAUCUCGGCGGCUUCGAUGAUAGAGCCAAAGCCGAGCUUCCUGAGGAAUAUUCUGGUGCGCGCCCUCAUCUGUGGCGUCGCCGUCCUCGCCAUCCGAUUCGCCUACGUCGUCACCGUCGCCGGCGGGUCCUGCGACCUCGGCGACUUCUGCUUCUUUUCCUUGCCUGAGAACCUCAACCUCAACCUCGUGAUCGCCGGCACUGCCACUUCCGCCACAGAGGCUGCCCCCAUCGCGCCCCCCACCCGCGAUGUCCGCAAGGGCAAGGACUGGAUCAGGGCCGUCAAGUUCUACUCGUCAGUCUUCGAGGAUCUGAUCUCCGAGGAAUUCCUCUCGCCAAGCUUUAAGUCUCUCUGCGUCGAAUCUGUGAGUGGGGACGACGUUCAUGCACUCAAGGAGAUUGGCGUCAAAAACUCCGUCGGAGUUGCCGGGAAAUCCUCUCGCGCUCUAGCUAAAUACAGAGAUGGCACAUUUGAUUUCGUCUUCUGCGGUGGAGGCCGCUUUGAUUGGGUCCCUCAGCCGGCCAAUUUGGCUGCCGAGAUGCAAAGGACGCUGAAACCGAAAGGUUUCAUCGUGGUCCAUGUUAGAGCAAAUGACACUUACAGCUUCAAUUCGUUCCUCCAAUUGUUCGAUGACUGCAGGCUGCUGAGAAUGCUCGAUAUCAAUGGGUUUGAUCCUGGGAUGGCUCAAAUUCGAGAGAUAAUCCUGAAGAAGGAGAGUGACUUCCACGUUCGGAACAAUCUCGGGAGCAAACCCAGUAGCAAGUCUGGUAAUAAGUGUGAAGUCCCGGCAUACAAGCAGAGGAUAGUAGCUGGGGCCGAGCCAUUGAUUGAGGAGGAGCCCUUGAAGCCGUGGCUCACCCUGAAGAGGAACCUGGCGGACAUCAAGUACUUGCCGUCCAUUGUUGAUAUUAGCUUCAAGAGCAAGUAUGUGUACGUUGAUAUCGGGGCUCGGAGCUAUGGGUCGAGCAUCGGAAGCUGGUUCAGGAAGCAGUACCCAAAGCAGAAUAAGACAUUCGAGGUUUAUGCCAUUGAAGCAGACAAGCACUUCCACAAUGACUAUAAGCGCAAGAAGGGCGUCACGCUGCUGCCCUAUGCCGCCUGGGUCCGGAAUGAGUCGCUCUUCUUCGAGAUAAACCGGGACACGGAUCAGAAGGUCCAGGAGAAAGGCCGGGGGAUGGGCAGGAUCCAGCCUGGGCAGUCAUCGGCUCGCCCCAACAAUGGGGACGUCGAGAAGAUCACAGCGUUUGACUUCGCAGAGUGGUUGAAGAGGACAGUGAGCGAGAAAGACUUUGUGGUGGUGAAGAUGGACGUGGAAGGGACCGAGUUCGAGCUCAUCCCGAGGCUGUUUAAGACCGGGGCUAUAUGCCUGAUCGACGAGAUAUUUCUCGAGUGCCACUACAACCGGUGGCAGAGAUGCUGCCCCGGCGUGAGGAGUUCGAAGUACGAGAAGACAUACGGGCAAUGCUUGGAGUUGUUCACUUCUCUGAGGCAAAGUGGAGUUCUUGUUCAUCAAUGGUGGUGAAUAUAUAGAUUUUCUUUAUUUCUGUAACAAUGUCUUCUCACUUUUCCUUCCAAGGAGGGAUUUUUAUCCUGUCAAAUUUUUUCUCAAAUUUUCCAAUUUUGGAUUGAAUUUUUCUGUAGUCCAGAAUAGGGAUAUGAUAUGAUUGUUUCUCUGCUGUAAAAAUUCCCAACUGCAAGCGAAAGGUUAUCAUGGGAAGUUGAUUGGAUUCAAGGA